AUGCCUAAACCGAAUAUUCAAAUCGAAAGUUCGUCGCAAAUGUUCGAUAAAUGGAAGAAAAUGCCCGUGCCUCUGGACUUCAAAAUAUACGUGUUCAACGUAACUAAUAGAGAUGAAAUCAAUAACGGCGAGCAGCCUAAACUUGCUGAAGUUGGCCCUUAUGUAUACAAAGAAUAUCGCGAGAAAACCAUCCUAGGCUACGGUCCCAACGACACGGUGAAAUACAUGUUGAAGAAGAAAUUUCAUUUCGCUGCCAACGAGAGCGGCUCACUUUCGGAAGAUGACGACGUUAUCGUCAUCAAUUUAUCAUACAUGGCAGCUUUACUAGCUGUUAAUGAUAUGAUGCCGAGCCUCGUGGGCAUGGCGAACGAGGCUCUUGGAGAAUUCUUCUUCAACCUGACGGAUCCCUUCCUUCACGUGAAGGUAAAGGAUUUAUUCUUCAACGGCAUUUAUCUUAACUGCGAAAGCGAGAACUUUACUUUGGCACUGAUAUGCGGUAAAAUAAAAGCCGACAUGCCACCGACAAUGCGACCAUCGGAAGACGAAAAAGGAUUUUAUUUCUCCAUGUUCUCCCAUUUAAACAGAACGGAUACGGGUCCAUACGAGAUGAUACGUGGUACUGAUAACGUUUACGACUUAGGCCAUAUAGUGUCUUAUAAAGGAAAAAAGGUGAUGAACCAGUGGGGCGAUAAAUAUUGCGGCAUGCUCAAUGGUUCAGAUUCUACUAUAUUCCCUCCCAUCAACCCGAACGACGUUCCAAAGCGAUUGUAUAGCUUUGAACCCGAUAUUUGCAGGUCGUUGUAUGCAAGUCUAGUCGGCAAGAGGAACAUCUUCAAUAUAUCGUCGUAUUACUAUGAGAUAUCGGAGUCUGCGCUUGCGGCGAAAAGUGCCGUGCCCGCCAAUAAGUGCUUCUGCCGCAAGUUAGUAUCUAAUACUUAUAUCUAAGUUUAAAAAAGUUGACAUGUUACUUUUUUAACAGCC